CUUUCGCUUCUAGAGCGCAUUUGGUUUCACGCGCGACUUUUACGCACAAGUUUGCGAUUAACUCUCUCUCUCUCUAUUACAAACUCCAUUUAUCACCAUCACCCGGCUGCGGUUUUGUUAUUAAAUUCCAGACGCAGAAUAAAUCUAAGUAUUGAUGGUUUUUCUCGCUUGCGAAGGCGAAGACGUGAUCGGGCUGCUUUUCUCCGCACAUGUCUCCGCAAGUGUGGGUCCGAGGUUUGACGGUGAAGCUGUAAGGACCGAGUGAUGCGUUGAAGAUGGUAGAAGGAGCCAAGCUGCACCUGAAAGAGUGGCUGAUCGGUCAGAUAGAGAGCGGGCGCUACGAGGGGCUGAGCUGGGAGGAUGAGGACAGGACCAUGUUCAGGAUCCCCUGGAAACACGCAGCCAAGAAGGACUACAAGCAGACGGAGGAUGCGGCUCUGUUCAAGGCCUGGGCUGUAUAUAAGGGCAAGUACAGGGAGGGAAAGGACAGGGCUGACCCCACCAUGUGGAAAACUCGCCUCCGCUGUGCACUCAACAAGAGCACGGACUUCCAGGAGGUUCCUGAACGCAACCAGCUGGACAUCACUGAGCCAUAUAAAGUCUACCGCAUCCAGCACGACAAUGGGUCGGUCAGGCCAGCAGAGUCUCUACAGAUCAAGGAUGAAGUGGUUAUCAGGACUAAGAUGUCUCCAAAGAGUCCUGUUAUUUUGGAUGAACAGGCUGACAUAGAAGAAGAAGAAAAACCAUGGAGUGUGGAUCUGAGGACGGAGCACAUGUACUGUGAUGUAAAAGGAGACAAAACUGAAAAUCCUCCCCCUGCUCCUGUCACUUUCUUCAGCCCUGGACUCACCGUAUCGGACCUUCGUAUGCAGGUGACGUUGUUGUACCAGGGUCAGACUGUGAUGAAAGUGACCACCAGCAGCCCAGAUGGGUGCUUCAUCCUGCAGGGCCAGGUUCCCUGGGGAAGUGAACGCAUCUAUGGACCCUGCACCGCCCAGCAGUUCUCGUUCCCCUCCCCGGGCUCUGUUUCCCUGCCCUCAUGCAUGGCCGAAGCAAUGAAUCGCCUGCUUUGUCACCUGGAACGGGGCGUUCUGUUAUGGGUGGCCCCAGACGGGGUGUUCAUCAAGCGUUUCUGCCAGGGCCGGGUGUACUGGAGCGGCCCUUUGGCCCAGCACACAGACGCACCCAACAAACUUGAGCGAGAAAAGACCUUCAAACUGUUGGACAUACCCAGUUAUGUCAGCGAGCUGCAGAGGAGCUUACAGGGUAAAGGACCUGCACCUUCUUAUGAGAUCGAGCUCUGCUUUGGAGAAGAGUAUCCAGACCCUCAUGUACCGAAAACCAGGAAGCUGAUCAUGGCACAGGUGGUGCCUCUGUUUGCAGAGGAGCUUCUGCAGAGGUUCAACCUGGGAGCGAGUGAGGAGACGCGGUCGACUCUCAGCUCCAACAAAGAGCGAGAGAAGAUGUAGAGAGACUGUGAAAAAGCAUCCGUGCACCUGGGCAACCAUGAACAAAACACAUGAACUGUGACUUUCUGAGGCCUUGCAUCAUCGGGAGGUAGCGUAUCAUCAGUAAAGAUGUAUAUAUGAUGAAGAAAUGAUGGACACGCUGCAGUGUGAGCCGGUUCGCAUGAGGAAAAUUAAAAGUGAUGUUCUUUAUAAUUUUUGUAUCUUAUGUAGGUUUUUUUCUUGUUCACCACACAGCUACUCUGCCAGGAUUUAUCAGAUGUAAGAAAACAUCUUGUUACUAAUGUUUUAUAGAAGUUUUUCCUGCAUCUCUAUCUUAAUUCCAUAUUCAUGAUAUGUAUGAAAUAAUUAUCUAACCGUUUAGUACCUCACAACGCAAUCCAGAAAAUAAAAUGACACUUUUGAUUAA